AUGUCUACAGAGAGUCAUAGAGAUGCCAUACUAAAGUCGGAUGCUGUGGAUGACGACAAAAUUGAUGAUUUUACGUAUGAUCUUGAACAAAUAGGACGAUUAUCAUUUCUUGAAAAUAUCACAUUACCAAGUUUUCCUGGUUUACCCAACCUACCCAACCUACCCAACUUACCUAAUCUACCCAAUCUACCCAAUCUACCUAACUUACCUAACCUUGAUAAAUUUGACAGUGGUUAUACUGAUGUACUUGACUCUUUAACUGCCCUUAUACACCAAGCUGUAACUUUACCGGAUGAUACUAGUGAUAUUGAGGAGAACGAAGAGAAUGAAGAUGUGGCCAGCAGUGCCUCGGAUAGUAGGAUUGGAAUAGAUGUUACUAUGCUCAGUGAGAUGAUAAGUCGAGGACAAGCUAACAUGGCCAACUUGAUUAAACAAAUAGCACUGAGGAAGGUUGAGGAAGAGGGGCCCAAUUCAAAUACGGUUAUCAAUGAUGAAUUCCCCACGCGUGAUAUCGAUUUAGAGCGCCUUGGUGAAGAAGAAAUUCGGCAGUUGACGGAGUUAGAUUCAAUUGAGGAUUUUAAAAGAGAAGAAGUCCUUCGGAGUAGGAUUAAAACUAUUCAAGGCUUGGAUAUCAAUCAAGAGUCAAAAAAUAAGUUGGUGACAAGAUUAAUGAUGGGUAAUUAUUAUAGAUACAUCAGCGCACAGCUUAAAGAAGGAAAGGAAAAACUAUCUCGAUUAGGUUAUGAAAAGCUGAUGAUUGAUGACGACCCAAGGUACCUCAGUGAUGGGACGGAGAGAACCACCGAGGGAGUUCAGAGUAUUGACAACCAUAUAAAUGACGGGGAGGAAGAGGAUGAGUUUACUGAUGAAGACGAGGUGGUGAUUUCCGAAGAGGAUCAAAUGCCAUCUUACUUUGAUAAGACAAGAGAAAUACUAGGUUGCCGCCACUACCAACGUAAUUGUAAAUUAGAAUGUCCCACUUGUCAUAAAUGGUUUGCAUGCCCAUUUUGUCACGAUGAAAUAAUCAAGGAUCAUAAAAUGGUUCGUAAUAAGGUAAAGCAUAUCUUGUGCAUGCAUUGCCAGACUCCUCAAGUACCCGAUAACAACUACUGUAUCAAUUGUGAACAAGAGUUGGCCAAUUACUUUUGCAACAAGUGUAUCUUAUAUGAUAAUGAUGUCAAUAAGGAUAUCUAUCAUUGUGAUAAGUGUGGUAUAUGCCGAUUAGGGCUUGGCUUGGACAAAGAUUAUUUCCAUUGUGAUGUAUGCAAUAUUUGUCUUUCUAUCGACUUAAAGGAUAAACACAAGUGUGUGUCAAACACUACGCAUUGCAACUGUGCCAUUUGUCAUGAGUAUCUAUUCACUUCAGUUGAAAAAGUGGUUUUCAUGAAGUGUGGUCAUUCUAUUCAUCAACAUUGUUUCAAAGAAUUGACUAAACACUCAUACAAGUGUCCAUUAUGUAAGAAGACAAUAAUUAAUGUUGAUCAACAAUUUCGGAUCUUGGAUCAAGAAAUUAGCCAAAGCCCCAUGCCAUCACCAUAUAAUGAAUGGCGGUGUAUUAUAAGUUGUAAUGACUGCAAGGGCAAAUCAAAUGUUGGGUACCAUGUACUUGGAUUGAAAUGUAAAUAUUGUAAAAGUUUCAACACUAAUCAACUACAGUUGAAAAAACCAGGUGAAAAAGUGGUUGAGAUAGAAGGAGAUGGUUCUGCUGUCGGUGUUGAUCAUGAACAUAUUGUUGAUUUUGACGCAAACAUUAUGAGAUUGGUCCAAACUAAUCUUGAAAGUAAUUUUGCAAUUGAUUUACAGCAAUAA